AUGUCCCAAGAUAAAAGCAACUGCCCUAUAGAUCAUAGUGGCUCGAAAAAUUCGCCCGGCCCAAGUUCGGGCUCAUGGUUGAAGAGCCUUUUCUGGAAAACCCCCGAAUCCAUUGAUUCUAAUUCAAUCUCAAAAUGUCCCGUUGAUCAUGUUAAUACUCCUAAAGUGAUCGAGGAUCCAGUAGAACAACCUAAAUGUCCCGUUGAUCAUGAUACUAGAGCGGCAUGGGUUUCAAAAGUAUCCUUGAGUACAAUGAACGCACCAGAAGCCAUUGAAGUUUCAAAAGAUGAUGGAUGUACCUCUGAUAAGUUAAACGAUGUAUACAAACCAAGUUCAGAUAUAAGUUUACCAACUGAUCGUGAAAUAAGCUCGAUUCCAAGAACUUCGUCAAAUGCUAAUUGGAUAUACCCUCUGCAGAAACAAUUUUUUGAAGCAAUGAAAAGAAAACAUUGGGAACCCGAAGCUCAAGAUAUGUCCACUGUGGUUCCUAUUCAUAAUUCAGUCAAUGAAAGAGCCUGGAUUCAUAUUCUAGAAUGGGAAAAGAAUAAUCGUGAAGAAGCCGAAAAAAAAUGUGGUGGAAUUACCUUGACUAGUUUUAAAGGUGAUCUGAAAAAAUUAACCCCAAGAGCUUGGUUCAAGUCAACCAUUUUGGGACUUGAAAAACCUUUUGAUAGACAUGAUUGGAUCAUUGAUCGUUGCGGUACUCAGGUGCCUUAUGUGAUUGAUUUUUAUGCUCCAACUACUAAUUCUAAUAAUCCUGCUUUAUUUCUUGACGUUAGACCAAAUCUUAAUAGUUGGGAAGGGAUAAAAUUAAGACUUUCAAAAGCUUUAGGCAUAUAG